CUGGGAGACGAAAGCCCCAACGAGCACAAGAGGAAACGGAACCUGCUCAAACACGGAGGAGGAGGAGAGGAGUCUGAUGAAGACUAUGAGAACGUGCAGCUGCCAGAUUCUGUGUUCAUCGACUCAACUGAAACCAGUUUUGUGGAAAAGUUAUUCAGAGAGGGCCCCGUUCCUCCUCAGGACGGGCUGUAUGGCAUCAGAAACUCAGGAACCAAGACAACAAAGGUGCUGGUGGUGUGGGACGUCAGCAUAAACAAAGCCAGAAACUACCGGCUGUUUGAGGAGGGUGACUGCAUAUUUCUGGAGGCGGAGCUGACCUUCCCUAACCUGCCCUCCCUGAUUGAACACUAUUACAGCCACCCUCUGCCCCAGCACGGCUCGCUGUGCCUGCAGAAGCCCUACUCCCUGUGAGCCCUACCCCCCCCCGGACUCUCCUCACAACUGCUCUGGAAAAACACGGUUUUGUUGGGCAUUUAAGUG